UGCUUAGCUGUCACAAAAAAAACUUCGUAAUGUUGUACACCAAAUGUAUAUAUUGUUUAAAAAUUAGUCGUUUUAUUCUAAGCAUGUGUUUUAGGCCAUACCUCGGUCUAAGAAGAAUUACAAAACAAGUUCAAAAAUGGCUUAGUCGACAACAAUAUCCCAUGAGUACGGCCUCAGUUGUGGUCGAGUAUCACGAAGAACCAGACAAAUCAGAUGGUGACAGCAAACUUUACCGUGCCCUGACCUUAUCGAAUGGAUUACGUGCUAUGCUAAUAUCGGAUUCUUAUAUUGACGAGCCGUCAAUUCAUCGGACAUCCAGAGAAAGUUUGAAUUCCUCCACCGAAAAUUUUAAUGGAAAAUUGGCGGCAUGUGCAGUACUUGUUGGCGUUGGAUCAUUUAGUGAACCGCAACAAUAUCAGGGAUUAGCUCACUUUGUGGAACAUAUGAUAUUUAUGGGAUCGGAGAAAUUCCCCGUAGAGAAUGAAUUCGACUCGUUUGUGACCAAAAGCGGCGGUUUCAGUAAUGCGCAUACUGAAAACGAGGAGACUUGCUUCUACUUUGAGUUGGAUCAAUCGCACCUGGAUAGGGGCAUGGAUCUGUUUAUGAACCUAAUGAAGGCUCCACUAAUGCUUCCCGAUGCCAUGAGUCGCGAACGCUCUGCUGUCCAGUCGGAGUUCGAACAGACCCAUAUGAGAGAUGAGGUGCGGAGAGAUCAGAUCCUGGCGAGCCUAGCUAGUGAGGGGUAUCCACAUGGCACUUUCAGUUGGGGAAAUUAUAAGACCCUUAAGGAGGGCGUUGAUGAUAGCAGCCUGCACAAGGAGAUUCACAAGUUUUGGCGAGAUCACUACGGCUCCAACCGAAUGGUUGUUGCACUCCAAGCCCAGCUUUCGUUGGAUGAGUUGGAGGAAUUGCUGGUGCGUCAUUGUGCAGAUAUUCCUACUAGCCAGCAAAAUUCCAUUGACGUAUCCCAGUUAAAUUACCAAAAAGCCUUUCGAAAGCAAUUCUACAGGGAUGUAUUCCUAGUUCAGCCCGUUGAAGAUGUGUGCAAGCUGGAGAUGACUUGGGUGUUACCCCCAAUGAAGGACUUUUACCGCAGCAAGCCGGAUAUGUUUAUUUCCCAACUCAUUGGUUAUGAGGGAGAUGGCAGUCUAUGUGCAUACCUACGUCAUCGCCUCUGGUGUAUUAGCGUUGUGGCAGGAGUUGCUGGAAGUAGUUUCGACUCCAACUCGAUUUACUCCUUGUUCAAUAUAUGCAUAUAUCUGUCUGACGAUGGCUUCGAUCACCUGGACGAGGUGUUAGAAGCCACAUUUGCGUGGGUUAAGCUUAUAAUUAAUAGCGAUCAACUUCAGGAUUCCUUUAAGGAAUCUCAACAAAUCGAAAACAAUAAUUUUCGAUUUCAAGUCGAGCUGCCUCCCAUUGACCAUGUUCAAAGCAUUGUUGAGAGCUUCAACUACCUGCCAUCAAAAGAUGUACUCACUGGACCUCAGCUAUAUUUUCAGUACGAAGAAUCGGCUAUUGAGCUUCUAAGACAGCAUAUGAAUAAAUUUAAUUUUAAUAUAAUGAUCUCAUCCUAUAUACCAUAUGAGAAAAAUGAGUACGACCAGAGAGAACCUUGGUUUGGAACUCAAUUCAAAACCAUCUCCAUGCCCUCAAAAUGGCAAACCAUGUGGGAACAGUCAGCGACAUUAAAGGAGUUGCACUAUCCGCAGCCAAAUCCCUUUGUAACCACGGAUUUUAAAAUACAUUGGAUAGAAGCAGGAAAACCACAUGUUUCCAGAAGUCCGAAGGCUUUGAUCAGAAAUGAUUUAUGCGAACUCUGGUUUCGCCAGGAUAACAUUUUCAAACUUCCAGAUGGGUAUAUAAACCUGUACUUUAUCACUCCACUAGUUCGUGAAAAUGUCAAGCAAUAUAUGCUGGGAGUCCUUUUUACCUACUUAGUGGAAUUCAGAAUGGCCGAACAAUUAUACCCAGCCUUGGAGGCAGGUCUAACUUAUGGUCUCUACAUCGGUGAUAAAGGAUUGGUUAUGCGAGUCAGUGGGUACAAUGAAAAGCUGCCCCUGUUGGUAGAAAUCAUACUAAACAUGAUGCAAACUGUAGAGCUGGAUAUAGGCCAAGUAAAUGCUUUCAAGGAUCUUAAGAAACGACAAAUUUAUAACGCCCUAAUAAACGGGAAAACUCUUAAUCUUGACUUGCGCCUUAGCAUUUUGGAAAAUAAGCGUUUCAGCAUGAUUUCCAAAUACGAAUCUGUUGAUGACAUAACCAUAGAUGACAUAAAAUCCUUUAAGGAAAAUUUUCAUAAAAAAAUGUAUGUUAAAGGUUUAGUACAGGGGAAUUUCACGGAAGACCAUGCCACAGAUUUAAUGCAGAAAGUUCUUGACACAUAUAAAAGCGAAAAGUUGGACAAUCUAUCGGCCUUGGAUAAUCAUUUACUGCAAAUCCCCUUGGGAUCAUACUAUUUAAGAGCUAAAACGCUUAAUGAGGAUGAUUCAAAUACAAUUAUAACGAAUUACUACCAAAUAGGACCGAGUGAUCUGAAAAUGGAAUGCAUCAUGGAUCUGGUGGAAUUAAUUGUCGAGGAGCCGUUCUUCAACCAAUUAAGGACUCAGGAGCAAUUGGGCUACAGCUUGGGAAUUCAUCAACGAAUUGGCUAUGGUGUGUUGGCCUUUCUUAUCACCAUAAAUACUCAGGAGACAAAACAUCGAGCAGAUUACGUGGAGCAACGUAUUGAAGCCUUUAGGUCUCGAAUGGCUGAACUUGUCUCCCAGAUGAGUGAUACAGAGUUUAAGAGCAUCCGAGAAACUCUGAUUAGUGGAAAAAAGCUGGGCGACACAAGUUUGGAUGAGGAAGUUUUGAGGAAUUGGAGUGAGAUUGUCACGAAAGAAUACUUCUUUAAUCGGAUAGAAGCGCAAAUACAAGUGCUGAGCAAUUUAACGAAGGAGGACGUACUGAACUUCCUUAAUGAUAAUGAUAAAAACAAUUUAAGAAAACUUUCUGUACAAGUGGUGGGAAACCAUAAUCAAACAUCAAAUUCAACAGCCCAAGCCAGUCGAUCCGGAUCUUUGAGUGACUUAUUAGACGACGGACAGGACGAUAUGGCAUAUGAAACAGAUUCAGCUAAGCCAAUGACCGAAAAGAUCAAGCUUGAGUUUUUGGGAGAGAGUGAUGAUCCUUCAAGCAUUAAGGACAUUUAUGCUUUCAAAAAGGAUCUGUAUGUAUUUCCGGUGUUCAACACCAAUCCCAAUAUUGCAAAGAAAUCGUAAAGAUAUGCCGCGCAAUAAAUCUACUUUGAUUACCAUUAUUAUUUUUGCUCAUCAUGUCUCCUGAGUAUUGUUAUGAAGGUUCCAAUGUUACCAGCGAAGGCUUACCGCUCAAAAUACGAAGUAUUUCUAUAUCGGUAUGCAUAUAAUUAAGUGAGCCAAAU